AUGAUUUGGGGAAACGAUGUUAGACUUAAAAAUGAUGAUAAUGAAAAAAAAAACAAAACUCAAUUUAAAAGUAACGAAACGAACUCGUAUUAUAGCAUUGACCAAAAUACAAUAAGCGAUGGCGAAUCCCCUAAUAUAUGCUAUGUAAAUAAAUCGAAUCCUGGCAAUUCACACAUUAAUAAUUUAAUUAAUAAUAUUAUUAAAUGCAACAAUAAAUUUACCAAAUAUAAUAGAAUUAUUUUAUCCUUAAAAAAAAUUAACGAAAGAAUUAAAUGCUCUAACAAAUGUAUACUGAACAGUUGUAAUGAACAAAAAAAGGACACAAAAAAAAAAAGAAAAAAAAAUAUAUUGAAAAUAAAGCACAGAAAAUAUAAAAAGAUACUAUUCCCUAAUUAUUGUAGAAUUUUCACAAAAAAAAAAAAAAAAUGUAACACUAAAUAUGAAUUAACCGAAAUUAUAUUGAAGCAUAAAAUAAAUAAAAAGAUACACCAAAUUAUUAAAAGAGUGAUAUAUAUAGGAUAUUGUACAAAUAUAGAACAUUAUAAAAAAAGAAAUAUACGCAAUAAUUCUUUCAUAUACUUUUUGUGGAAUCCACACACUUUGAAGCAAAAGAGCCAGGAAAUAAAAAAAAGAAAAAAAACGAACAAAUUAAUUAGUAGUAAGAACUUUACAAUUAUAAAUGAGUUAAAAUAUAAUAGAGGAAAACAAAAAUAUUUAAAUGUAGAAAGAUUGAAUAUGAUUACUGAUAGCAAAAAAGGUAAACAAAAUAAUAGCAAAGGGGGCAAAAAUGAUAAGAUUCUAUCUGUUAAUAAAAAAGAAACAAAUUUAAUGGAAAAGUAUGAAACGGAAGAAGAGGACGAACAAAACGAUGAAAAACAAAAAUGCAGUGAAACAAAUUACAUUUACAAUGGUUUUCAAAAAAAAUCUGAGAGCACCUAUGAUAUGUGUAAGGGAUUGCAUAAGAAUGCUACAUUCAAUGAUUACACAUACGGCUUCAAAAAUUCGGAGAAUAAUCUCGAAAAAAGGAAUAGAAAAGAAAAAGAUUCAAAGAAUUUUCGCAAAUAUAAUUCAGAAGACAAUGCAAACAGGAUAUACAUGAAUAAAAAGCACUACAACUUUUGUUGUAAUGAUAAUGAAAGUAAUAAUUCGAAGAAUUAUUUGUAUAAAGAUAAUGAAUUAAAAACACGCAAUCACACAUUUAGUUGCUUAUACAAAUUUUGGAACAAUAAAUGCAGAAAUAAUAACAUAUACUUUGAUAAAAAGCUAUAUUUUAAUAAAUAUAAUAACACAAACGAUACUGAUAAAUUAAUUGGCUCAAAUGAUAUAAGAAAUGAUUCUCAUUCUUUGAGAAUCAUAAGCAAACGAGAUGAACAUAAUGAGCAGAAAAUAAAUAAAUUAAAAAAUUGUAUUUUAAAAAAAAUAAAUGCAGAUAAUAAUAACCAAUUUUUUUUACACAAAAUAGAUGUUAUGAGCGAUAUCCAUAUUCAUGAUAAAAAUAAUCAUACUAAUUAUAGUCAUAAUGGAAAAAAGAAUUGUGGUCGAUACUAUGAGGAAAAUUGGAAAAACAAGAAAUUUAAUUAUUUCUCAAUGUUCCCCUCGAUAGAAACUGACCCAAUAAAUGGAUACAAACAUCAAUACACCAAAGAUAGUUAUAUUAUAAAGAGGACAUACAGUAUAGAUAGAAAAUACAAUGUUAGGGAUUAUUUUCGCAUGAGUUAUAUUCAUAACAAUUAUAGUAGUUAUAAAAAUCGAAGAAAUAGUACAAAUUAUUUUUCCCAAAAUAUAAAUUGCUGCAAUAUUGAAUCAGAGCAUACAGACAGAUAUUUUUUCAGUAAAAAAUUAAUUCCUAAUUUUCUGAACAUGACUAAACAUAAUAAUAAUAAAAAAGAAAUAAAAUAUAAAAAUAAUGUAGAGAAAAAUGUUGCAUUUUAUUAUAACUCUCAUUAUGCGAAUAAACACAAUGUUAAUUUUUUGUCUUAUCAAAAUAACAAUAAUUAUAAUAAAAAAUUACGAAAUUCGAUGGAAGAUAUAGGAUACAAUACAAAUAAUAGUAGUAGUAAUGCAACUAUUAAUGAAAUUAAUCAUAAUAAUAGCGCCAGUACAAGGGCAAGCAAUACCAACAGCAGUAAUAAUUAUACUAAUGCACAUGCAUCGGUGCAACCGUUCAAAAGACUAAAAAACCGAGUCAACAACCACUUUAGUGCAUUAAAACGAAGCUACAAAAAUUAUCAAAAAAACUUUGAAGAAGAAAAAAUUAUUUUUUUUAAUUCAAUAAGAAACAUAAUAAGAAUAAUAAAAGAGAUUAAAAAAUUAGAAGCUGAUCUUAAAAAGGAAAAAAAGUAUUGCUCGGUUAUAUGUGAUGAAAAAAAAAAAGAAGAAUUUAAUAAUUUAAUAAAAUAUUUAUUACACCAGAAGAUAAUAAGAAAAAAAUUAAAAGAAUAUUAUUUUAAAAAAAUAGACAAAGGAUUAUUUACUUUUUUGUUGCGAAGUAAUUAUGCAAAUUUUUUAUUUUCUGAAGAGGAAGUCAAAUUGUUGAAACGAUGGAAUAUGAUAAAAAGGGAAAGAUCAAAGUUUUAUAAUAAUGAAAGUCAUGAAGAAAACAAAGCUUAUGAUAAAAAUAACAAAUUUCAAGCAAAUGACAAUUUAGGUUAUGAUUAUACCGAUACAUUGAAUAUAACAUGCCCAGACCAAACAAACAAUUGUUUGGAUUCAGAAAAGGAGGGGAAAACAUUCUAUCAGGAAGUGUCAAAAAAUGAAGUUUUAGAAAGUAAUAUUUUAAAUUAUGAAGGGCGAAAAAGUGAUCAGAAUAAUUAUAAUCAACUAAACCAGUUUUAUGGAAACAAUAGUAAGUUCAGGCUUUAUGCAGCAAAUGAAUUUAGUCAUAACAUCAUAGAGGAACAUUAUAAAGAAAAUUAUUUAAAAGGGAUAUACAUUGAUAAUUUAAAUGAUUUAUAUUUAAAAUAUUGUAAAAAACAUAAAAGGGGUAUAAUAUUUAAUGUGCUAUCCUUCUUUAAGAAUAUAAAAAUAAAAAAUGUGUCUAAAAAAUUUAAAAAAAAAUUAAAAAAUAACCAGGAUAUAUAUCUUUCUAAAAUAUAUAACAACAAAAAAAUGCUAAGACAUAUAAAAUACAUAUUUAUAAAAUUAUUAAAAAAAAAUAUAACCGAUAUAAAUUCAAUACAUAUCAAUAAUUGUUUUUUGAAUUCAACUACCUGUUUUUUUUUAUUUUUAAUUUUAACAAUUUUUAAAAACAUUAGUACAAUUAAAAUUGUACAAUGUCAUAUAUAUUAUUCUCAUUUUUAUAUAUCUCUAUAUUACAUAAAAAAUAAUAAUUUAAAAAAUCUGUAUUUUAUGUAUAAUCAUAUUAUCCAUUAUGAAGCACCCGAUAAAGAUAUCUAUGACUAUAAAUGUUAUAAAAAGUGCAUAAUAUAUUUUGAUCUAAAUUAUCUUAAAAAAAAGUCAAAAAAUAAUAAUAGACAAAGAGAUAAAAAAGAUGUUGAAGAUAUAGAGGGAUCAGAAUCUAUUCCUUAUUCCUUUGAACAACUUGAAAAUUGUCAAAUAAGCAAAAUACAAACUGACCACAAAAGUAAUACAACAUCACAUUAUGGUAUAAACAAGAUAAUCAUUAAGAAAAAUAAAAAGGUAAUACCGCUUGAUAAUAUAUCAUUUUACGAUAUAUUUAUCGCAAAAAAGAAAAAAUUAAACAAAGGAGCAGCAAUUGAUGAGCUUGUGACAAUAAAAUUAUGUAACUUGUCAAAUAAAGAACAUAAAAAUAACAUAAUUUCCUCAAACAUCGAAGGAAACACACAAGAACAAUAUGACUGGUGUGAUAGCAUUUCAACUGCCCCACCAUUACCGAAUACUGGAAAAGACGAUAAAAACGAAGAAGAAAAUAUUAUUAAUGAUAUACAUACUGAAAUUGAAAAAAGAGAAAAUAAACAUAUAUACGAUGACACAAAAUUUAGUACCAAGAUUAAUACAUAUAAUAUACACAGUUCAUCAUGCAGUAAUGAAAUUAGUUCAGAAAAUUCGGUACAAUCUUCAGAAAAUUAUAUAUAUACAUUUCCAAGAAAAAUUAUAGAAUAUUUUAAUUUGGACAAAUUAAAGGUUUUAAGACUAUCUUCAAAUAAAUUAGGCGAUGAUGCUCUUAUACAUUUGUCCACUUUGAUAAAAAAAAAUAAAUUAAAUAAAUUGAAAAUAUUGGAUUUACGAUGGAAUAAUUUUACUUACAAAAGUUUAUUAUCUUUAUUAUUUGCAUUGAUAAACAAUGUGAAAAGUGGUUAUAAAAAUAGCACUAUAUCGGAUUUAAAAACAAACAAGCAAACAAAUAGGUUGAAAUUGCGUAAGCUAUUAUUAUCGGGGAAUAAUAUUGACAGCUCGUUAUAUUCAUCAUUUUUGUCAGGAUUUUGUACAUGCAAUUAUAUUGUAGUUGCAGAAUUAGAUUUUUCUAUGAACAUUAUAGACAAUGAAUGCUUCCCUAUUACAUUAAAAUAUUUCAAGCAUAUAUUAAAUUUACAAAAACGAAAAAAAAAGAAUAAUAAUAUUAGUGGCGUAUAUAUAAAUCUAGAUCAUAAUAGUUUAAAAAAUUCAAUAUAUAUUAACAAGUUAAUGAAAACAUUAUUAAAAUUUCCUAGGAAUAAAAAAAAAUAUAUAAAAAAUAAAAAUAUGGAACAAACCAACUUUAUUGAUCAGACUGCUAUGACAAAGCAAAAUAUAUCAUUAAGUUUGCAAUAUAAUGACAUAAAAAAUAUAGACACAAAUAUGGCAUUCCACAAAUAUGAACAAAGGAUUAGAUUUUGA